AUACAAGGCUAUAGUACUGUGCAGUGAUGUUAAAGAGUAUUUCAGGCUAGUCGCCUGUCGGAGCUGGAAUUGUUUUUGACACGACUUUUUUACUGCAGUAUCUGCUUACGAUGCAGCAAGUAAUGUAGCUUACCACACGUAUUCAGUGCGCAGUGUACUUGCUGAGCCUAUCUGACGACCUGCGUUUGGGCGAAUGGAAAUCGGGGAGUGCAUUUUGCUUGCGAGAGGCAAUGCUAGCAGGCAAAUCCCGGCAGCGGCUGAGCUGGAGUUGCUCUUCAAAGGAACGGGAAAGAAAGCGGCGCUACACCUAGUAUGGGUUUCACAGACGGGCGGCGGCGCCGAUACUCCUGGCGGCGGCAUUCCAAAUAGUGGACGGCAUUCAUCAGCCGCUUAUGACGCCCCCGUCGUUGCCGUUGUGGACCGAGCCCUCACCAACCGCGCUCCACACUUGCGGCAAAAUUCCAGGGGCUUACGCGACGCAGCAGGCCGUCUGCUGUCCACCGCUGCAGCUGGGCUGGUGAAGCUGCGGGUGGUUUCGGUGCGACCCGCGCCGACCCAUGGGUCCGGCGUCCUGGAGAUAGCCGCUGCCGUAGUGCUUCUGCCCUCCGCCUUUGACGCAGUCAUCCCGAAGCACACGCCCACACGGGCAGCCAUGGGCCUCAUGAGCGAGCAGCUGGCAGCAGCGGCGGCGGCAGCGGCGUUGGCUUCAUCUCUAGUUGAGAUUGUGGAGAUGCUGGAAGAUGGAGGUCCUCCGGAAUCAGAAGACGACGAUGGUGGCCCCCUGGGCAGCCAGGAUCCCGCGGAGGCGGCCGCCGCCGCCGAUGCAGCCGCCUUUAAUGGCGUUGACGGAGGACCCGCGGGAGCUAAUGGCCCGUCUACCUCUGCCGCUGCGGCAGCGGCAGCGGGCCGCGGCCGCCCCUCGACCUCUGCAGCUGCCGCCGCGGAUGUAGACAUGACAGGGGGUGAUGCCGCGGGUCACCACCAUGACGAGGAGGAGGAGGAGGAGGAGCCCCAACAGGAUGCCACGGAGGGGGCAGCGGCGGCGGCUCGUAACGAUGUGCGCGACGAGGUGUUUGACAUUGUGGCCCCACGUGACUGGAGCGUCACGCACCCUGAUCCUCCGGGCCUCAAGUGCCGGCUCUACCGCUACCAGCAGCGCGCCCUGGCCUGGAUGGUUUGGCGCGAAACGCAACCGGAGCUGGGUCCCGAAGGAUGCGAGGACGGAGAAGGCCGAGGAGGCGACCCAGCAGCAGCAGCCGCAUCCUCAUCAGCGGACGGCCGGGUGCCUGCGCCAUCGUCGUCAGCAGCAGCAGCGGCGGCAGCAGCAGCAACCGCACAUCUAGGCGACUUUGCGACCCAGGACCUCUUCUGGCGGCGAGCAACGCUGCGUGACGGCCAGGAGCUGUGGAUCAGUCCCUUCCCGGGCGGCGGGGUACGGAAGGACCCACCGCCGCCGCCGCCGCGGCAGCGCGUGGGGAUCUUGGCUGAGGAGAUGGGGUUGGGAAAGACAGUGGAGGUGAUCGCGCUCAUGCUGGCGCGGCCGCCGCCGCCGCCGGCGCUUCGGUCGUCGUCAAAGGGGUCCUUGUCGUCGUACGACGGCACUGCUGCUGCCGGCGGUAGCGGUAGCGGCAGUGGUGACGGCGGUGGUGAGGGCAACGGCAACGGUGGGACAAAUGCUGCGGGAGGCGGCGAAGGGAGCGGCAGGGGCGGCUCACGUGGAGGUGCAGGGAGAGGCGUUGAUGGCGGCGGCGGAGAAAGCGGUGGAGGUGGCGGCGGGGCCAGUGGGAGGCUGCCGGGCCCCAGUCUGAUUGUGGUUCCUGCACCGCUGCUGCAGCAGUGGUCGGAGGAGCUCGCGCGGCACAGCAACCUAAAGGUGGUGGUGUACGAUGGACUCAAAUGGCAGAACCAGCAAACGCAGGAGAAGGAGAAGGCCAAGGCAAAGGAGGCGAAGCGCCUAGCGGUGGAGCGGGAGAAGCAGGCCAAGAUCGCGGCACGUGAGGCCAAAGCUCGGGAGCGGGAGGCCAAGCGGCAGCAGCAGGCACGAGCGAGGGCGGAACGGGAGGCUGCGAGGCAGCGGAAUGCGGCCGCUGCUGCAGCGGGAGCCAGCGGCAGCGGCGGGACCAGGAAAAACGGGAGGAGGAAGAGCAAGCUGGGCGGAGCGGAGAGAGAAGCCAAGAAGGGGCGGCGCAGUAGCAGCAGUCGCGCACGGCAUGAGGAUGACGAUGGCGAUGAUGAUGAUGACGACGGCAUCAUUGACUUGUUGGAAUCGGAAGAAAGAGAUGGAGGGGACAGUAGUGAAGAAGACGAUGACAGCGAGGACGAGUCGUACGAGGUUGGGAAGUCGUACAACAAGCGGACUCGGCGCAACAGCAGCAAUAACAGCAACAGCAAACGACAACGGCGCGGAUCGGAACCGCCGCCUCGACGAGCAUCAGAAGCCGACAACGGGGCAGCCGCCGCCGCUGCCCCCGCAGCCUCCGCAUUAGCCCCCGCCGACGGGGCUGGGCCCUCCACCUCCGCAGCCGCUGCAGCAGCCGCAGGCCCCUCGAUGUCCGCAGCAGCAGCCGCAGUACCCCCUACCGCAGCCGCUGCCACCACCACGCUACUUCCAGCCUCCGCAGCCAACCCAUCCACAGCCAACCCGCCGCCGCCGCUGUCCCGCCUUGAGCUGUACCAGCGGGAGCUGGUUGCGGCUCUGUACGCGGGCACCCCGCUGUGCCCCCCCAGUUGCGAUCCGCAGGCGGAGGCGGCGGAGGCGCUGGCGGGGCUGCUGGGGGCGGAGGUGGUGCUGACCACGUAUGCGGUCCUGCGCGAGGAGGUGCACUACAGCCCGGGCAGCCAGCGGGGUGUGCUGUCGGGGCUGCGAUACGAGAAGAAGUACGCCGUACCCGAGUCCCCGCUGAUGCAGGUCCGGUGGUACCGACUGGUGCUCGACGAGGCCCAGAUGGCUGGGCACUCCAUGUCGCACGUGGCGGUCAUGGCAGCGCGGAUGGAGGCGGAACACAGGUGGUGUGUGACGGGUACGCCCAUCGGUCCGGGCGGGCUGGAAGACAUCUUGGGGCUCGUACGGAUCCUGCGGUACACACCGUACGAUGAUCCGCUGGUUUUCAGGCGGUUGAUUUCGGAGCCGUACAAGUCGGGUUCCUCGGAGGGCCGUUCCCGACUUGCAGCUCUCCUCAAGCCCAUCAUGUGGCGCAACAGCAAGGCGGUGCAGGCGCUGGACCACCCGCUGCCGCCCAGGACGCUGCAGGAAGCACACCUGCGGUUCUCCGCGGCAGAGGAGGCCUUCUAUGAGGUCAUACUUGGGGAGACGCGCCGGGCCUUCGAUGAAAUGACCUCACACCAGCGCCAACAGCAGCAGCAACAACAACAAGACCAAGAGCAGCAGCAACAGCAGCAACAAGGUAGCCAGCAGCAGCAGCGGCGGCCUGCAGACGGCCCCCUUGACCUCACGGGAGACGAUGACGCUGGUCACCAGGGUCGGGACGGGGGGCAUGCACACGCUGCCCACGCUAACAGCACUCCUGCUGCUGCUGCUGCUGCCGGGGCGGAGAAGAAGAAGCACCCGCGGGCAAACAACAGGCGGCGUCGCGACCGCGGUGCCGAGCUGGUCCAGGAGGCUCACGGCGAGCUGCACCAGCUGCGACUAGCCUGUGUGCACCCCAAGCUAACCCGCUACUGGCGCCAGAUGGCCUCGGAGCUGG